CCGAGGCCUUGCACAGGAAAGGGAGGGGUGUGGGGAAGGGGAAGAGAGUGUUUAAGGUCAUCACUCCGGACGACGGGGAGCAUUGCGAACGGAGGGAGAGGGAGGAACAGCAAGAUCCCAAAGACAAACCAAAUUCCCACACAGGCCUGGCUGAGAGUGACACCCUUUCUUCCGUCCCGUGGGUCAGGUGAUGGACGUCAAUGGCACUCUGCUGGGCAACUGGAGCCUUUGGGACGAGGACUGGGGGAAGGAGGAGGAAGAGGACUACCGUGACCACCAGGAGGAGGCGCUGUUGAACCACACCGAGCCCAUCAGGAAGUCCCUCACCGUCGUGUCCAUGGUGGCCUACGCUGCCAUCUUUGCCCUGGGCGUCCCCGGCAACAUCGCCGUGUUGUGGAUCGUGGGUUUCCUGAUGGCCAGGCGCCCAGUCACCGUCUGGUUCCUCAACCUCGCGGUGGCCGACCUCCUGCUGUGCCUCACCCUGCCCUUCCUGCUCACCCAGUUGGCCGUGGACUACCAGUGGCCCUUCGGCCCCUUCCUCUGCAAGCUGCUGCCCUGGCUCACCGUGCUCAGCAUGUACGCCAGCGUCUUCGUACUGACCGGCAUCUCGGUGGACCGCUGCCUGGCGGCGCUGCUGCCUCUCUGGUUCCGCAGGCAGCGCUCUCUGGGCCGGGCCCGGCUCUCCUGCGCCUCAGCCUGGGGCCUGGCCCUGCUGAUGUCCCUCCCCAGCCUCCUGUACCGGAGGACGGUGCAGUUCGCUGCCGGGUUCCCCGUCCGGUGCGUCGCCGACUACGGGGAGGAGCUGGGGCCUAGGCAGCGCGCCGUCAGCCUGACCCGCUUCGUCUUCGCCUUCCUGCUCCCCCUGGUGGUCAUCGCCGCCAGCAACGGCCUCAUCGCCCACAGCCUCUGGGCCUCCCGCUUCUCCCAGCCUCAGAGCCGGAGGCCCUGCCGCCUCCUGCUGGUGGUGCUGCUGGGUUUCUUCCUGUGCUGGACCCCCUACCAUGUGGUGGGCCUGCUCCUCCUGUCCGGCGACUGGCGGCUCCAGCACUGGGCCCGGACGGUCGACCCCGCCACCACCAGCCUGGCCUACCUCAACAGCUGCCUCAACCCCUUCCUGUACGCCUUCGCCGGGCGCCAGGGCCGUGGGCAGCUCCGCAGAGGCCUGAGGGGGCUGCUGGAGGGCGCCUUCGAGGAGGAAAGCUCCCUGGACUCCACUCAGCCCAAGCCCACACUACCGACGGUCAACGAGAAGACAAAGACCUCAGGCCUGUAGCUCUCUGGAUCGGUGGACCCGUCUUGUGUGACAAUUUGACUCGGCCGCUCCCACCAGGACCUCUCCUCUGGAUGCUCGGAAGUCUCCAGAUGGCCAACUUAACACCCUCACCCCCACCUCCCUCUUUAUAGGUACUCGAGAUGGUCAAUUUAACCAUCCCCCAGCAACAACCUCUCUUUGUAAAUCAUAGAGUCAUAGAGAUGUACAGCACAGAAACAGACCCUUCGGUCCAACCCGUUCAUACCGACCCAGAUAUCCCAACCCAAUCUCGUCCCACCUGCCAGAACCCGGCCCAUCUCCCUCCAAACCCUUCCUAUUCAUAUACCCCUCCAAAUGCCUCUUAAAUGUUACAAUUGUACCAACCUCCACCACUUCCUCUGGCAGCUCAUUCUAUACACGUACCACCAUCUGCGUGAAAAAGUUGCCCCUUAGGUCUCUUUUAUAUCUUUCUCCUCUCACCCUAAACCUACGCCCUAUAUGCCCUACCCCUAGAGACAUGGAAGAUAAUCCGAGGGUUAGAUAGGGUGGACAGUGACAGCCUUUUCCCUCGGAUGGUGAUGGCUUGCAUGAGGGAACACAGCUAUAAACUGAGGGGGUGAUAGAUAUCGGACAGAUGGCAGAGGGAGUUUCUUUACUCAGAGAGUAGGAGGGGGCGUGGAACGCACCGUCUGCAACAGUAGUAUACUCACCAACUUUAAAUGGGCACUUGGCUAUGAAAUGGAGACCUGAGUUCUGGUUGCUGUUUUGACAACAAUUUGAAUUUAACCAACCAGUUUAAAUUAUGCCCCAGGAUACUAAAACCCAAUGAGUUUGAAUUUAUUGUUUUGCCAACCUUGAACAAAUGACACGAUCCAAUGUUGGGGAUAUAAAAAAGUAAGACAUUUUGAAAAUUGGCGACAGAGCAAUUGCUAUGGAGAGAAACCCCGCCCCAGACAUCCACACACACACUCACACAUCUACACAGACACAGACACAGACACACACACACAUACACACACACACACACACACACACACACAUCUACACAGACACAGACACAGACACACACACACAUCUACACAGACACAGACACAGACACACACACAUACACACACACACACACACAUCCACACACACACACACACAUCCACACACACACUCACACACUCACACAUCUACACAGACACCGACACAGACACACACACACAUACACUCACACAUCUACACAGACACACACACACAACCACACAGACACUCACACAUCUACACAGACACACACUCACACAUCUACACAGACACAGACACACACACACACACACACACACACUCACACAUCUACACAGACACAGACACACACACACAUCUACACAGACACACACAGACACACACACACACAUCUACACAGACACACACACACACACUCACACAUCUACACAGACACACA